AUGGGGAAAAAACUGGAUCUUUCCGCGCUCACGGAUGAAGAGGCCAGGCACGUCUGGGAAGUGGUUCAACGGGACUUUGACCUUCGCAGGAAAGAAGAGGAGAGACUAGAGGGUUUGAAAGGCAAGAUUAAGAAGGAAAACUCCAAGAGAGAGCUGCUUUCGGACACGGCGCACCUGAGCAACACCCACUGCGCCUGCUGCCUGCGGCCCUUCCGGUUCCUCGAGACCCCCAAGAGGCAAUGCCUGGACUGCGGCCUCUUCACCUGCAAAGGCUGCGGCCAUACCCCGGAGGAGCAGGGCUGGCUCUGCGGCCCCUGCCACCUGGCCAGGCUGGUGAAGAGGGGCUCCCUGGAGUGGUACUACGGGCAUGUGAGAGCCCGCUUCAAGCGCUCCGGGGGUGCCCAGGUAGCGCAGUCCCUCUGCGGGCGGCUGCAAGGAGCAGGUUUACCUGACCGAGAGCAGAGCUCACCUGACGUCAGCAGUGGGCCUGAGCCAGGCCCCGGGGGGAGAAGUGGAGCCAGCGAGCACACAGAUGAGGACAGAGAACAGGACACGGUGGCCCAGGCCCAGCCCGUUGAAAGCAAAAAAAAGCGCGUCCUCCCCGUGCGCGGCUUGGACUUCGAGGCAGACUCUGACGACUCCGCUCCGUCCUGCGGCCACCCCCCAAGCCUGUCCUUGGCCUCAGUGGCCGCGGACAACCUGCAGGCCCUCACAGAUGAGCCCUGCACAGAGGAGACCCCCUCCCAGGAGCCCGUGGUCCUGGACGAGGCUGAUGCCAGGACCUCUGGGUGCCACCCCUGUCCAGAAGGGCAGACGGCCAGCCUCUCGCCUGCCGGACCAGACGCCCUCGCUGAGCUCUGCCUGCCGGGAGAGUCUUGCACGACGGCCCCGGGGACCCCUGCGACACCAGGAACAAAUGUCCUCGGGAAUGAACAGCUCCCAUCCCACUAUCUGGCCGACGUGGACACCUCGGAUGAAGAAAGCAUCUGGGCUCAGAGGGUGUCCUCUCACCAUCGCAGACGGAGGGGCCAGACCCUGUCUGAGAACCAGUGCUUCCAGGUGACGGACCGACUGAGAUCAGCCACUCGCCCAUUUCAGCGUCCGGUUGGCAGCAGGCCCACAGGCGCCGACAUGGAAGAGGCGGCCCUAAAGAGAAGACUGGAGGACUUGAUCAGCCGCGCCAGUGACCAGCGGGCCUCAUCCGAGGAGGAGGGCAGAGAUGAAGGGGCGGAGCAGGGCAGGAGCGUGACCCCCGUCGAGGACCGCCCCCGGGCCGCCCAGGAGGUGUGCGCGGCUGCAGGCCAAACGCCCGGCCGGGAGAAGGGGCCCCGGGGCCCCCAGGACCCCGUGCAGCCCAGCAGGACCACAGACGAGGAGCUGUCGCAGCUGGAGGAGAGAGUGGCCGCCACGGCCUCUGCGGUGCAGCGGACAGAGAGCGAGGUUUCAGAUAUCGAGUCCAGGAUUGCAGCCUUGCAGGCUGCAGGGCUGACUGUGAGGACCUCAGCAAAGCCCCGGAGGAAAUCCAACCUCCCGGUAUUUCUUCCCCGGCCUGUUGGGAAGUUUGGCCAGAGUCCUACGGAUCCGAACGCAGACCCUGCGGAUGAGGUCAAGGCGGUGGCUGCACCCUAUCUUGUGAGGAGAAGGCUCAGUAAUUACCCCAGAAGUCAAGACAAAGAUGAUGACUCCUUCGAUCGGAAAUCCGUGUCCCGCGGAUCCCUGACACAGAGAAACCCCAGUGGCAGGAGGGGAACCGCCAACCCCAGCUUUGCGAAGCCCGUGAUGACCCACCAGCCCUUGAAGGAGAGGUUCGUCUGA